AUGCCCAAGAAAAGGUCACCCUUUCUCCUGAAAAUCUCCAUUUUCUUGGCCAAAAUGAGAAAACCCAUUAUUCCAACAUUCAUUUCUCUCAAGAAGACAAGAAAAUUCAAGCUCCCAAAGCACUACAAUUAUAGGUACAUGAAGGAAUAUGAGUUCUCUCCUUCAGACACCCCUCUAAUUCAGUUUCACAGAAAGUCGAAAAAGCCAAAAAUCUUGAAGAACUUUUCCUCAAUUAUCUUCAUUUCUAAGUGUUUGGGAAUGCUGACAGCUGCAGGAGAAGAGGGAAGGUACCCUUUGGGAAUAGAAAUAGAGACAUUGCCUUGUCAUAGAGAUUCAGUGGCAAGAAAACUGUCCUUAAUACCAGAUUCAUGCAGCGAAGAUGACUCAGUUGACGAGAGGGCAGAGAAGUUUAUUCAAAAAUUUUAUGAAGAAAUGAGAAGGCAGAGGCUGGAAUCAUUUGUGCAGCCUAAUGCAAUGCUGGAUAUGUGA